AUGUUUACGCGUUGUUUGAAAUAUCUUCGUCAAUUCAUUAUUACACGUCGUGUUAGUAAUAAAGAGAUAGGAAAUCCUUCUUCAAACAAUUUAUUUGAUAAUAAAAGUUAUAUUAAAUUUACUAGACUUAAAGCUUUAAGGAUGAAUGAUAAUAUAAGAGGAGUACCCGGGAAUAAAUUUUCACGAAACUAUAAACUUGCAAGGGAAGUAUCGGAAGCCCAAACCAACUCUACGAAAGUAGCUGGUUCCUCCUCUAUUGACAAUAACAAUAAUCAUCAUAAUACAAGUUUGUCUCACGAAGAAAAGUCACCUUAUGCAAAAUUCCGUGGUUCUAAAGCUUUAUAUGUUACCGAUUUUGCCUCACUUGCCUGGUGUGAAAUGCAACAACAUUAUGCUCUUAUGGUAGGCGGAAAGAAAGAAACAAAGGCUAUGAAAGCCGGUUCGAAAAUACAUAAUGAACUAGAAUUACAGGUUCAUGACAUUAUUACAAUACCAACAAAGACUAAAGAAGACUUAUGGGGCAUCAAAUUAUAUAAUGUGAUAGUUGGACUCGAAUCACUUGACUUUAACCAUAAAACAAGAGAGUUACCAAUUUUUGGAUUUGUAUCAGACCUCUUUGUUUUUGGAAUAAUUGAUCAAGUUGGAAUGAAAAAACGUGAAGGUGAAUGGACUAUCUCUGACACAAAAACUCGUGUAAGACCAUCUUUACCGGAUCAAAAAAAAAUAUUACCAUCAGUAAAGUAUCAAUUAAUGCUUUAUAAAAAACUUUUUGAUACACUAAUACAAGGUGCAAUUGAUGAUGAGAUAAUAUAUCAAAGACUUUGUUUGAAUCCAGAUUUAGAAUUUUCUAGUGAAUUGGCCAAUAUUAUUAAAAGAUUUCGAAAUUUUGAUAAUGGAGAGGAAAAGGGAUUUCAACCAAAUUUACGAAAUCUUAUGAAAAUCGUGGUUAAUAAUUUUGGAAAAUUUCGGAAAUCGAGUAAUACAUUGGAAGUUAAUUAUAAAUAUCAAAAGGAUGGAAGUGAUAUAGGUUCUUUGUAUUUUGAAUAUGAUGAGAAUCAGAUAACGAAUUAUUUAACGAAAUCGGCUAAAUAUUGGAAAGGUGAUAGAACACCGGACGGUGUUCCCAUCGAAGAAGCAUGGAAAUGUCAGAUAUGUGAAUUUGCUGAUGAUUGUGAAUGGAGAUUAAAUAAAAUCAAAGAACUUUCUCAGACAAAACGGGCACUAGCAGAAAUUACAAAUGCUGGUCGAAAAUGA